UAUCCCAUAUAAUUUAAAUAAAAAAUAAUAAUGGAUCUGCAAAAUCUUAGUUAAUUGGGGCUACUGAGAUAUUUGGAUGCACCGGCAAAGUUGUAUCGCUGAGUCGUCGACGGGAAGAAAAUUGAAAGAGAAUCGGAUUCCUUCUUCAUUUUGAGUUGAAGGAUUCUUAUCUCCGACGUAACGGAAAGGAAUCGCUGAUUUUUUUCCAAUUCUUUAUCAUUAUUUAUACUUAUACCUCUUUCUUGCUUCAUCCAAAACUCAAAUUCAACUGCUACAUCUCAGUACAUAUUUGGCGUGGUGAAAGCUGCUGGAGCUCCUAUUACCAGGAGGGCUUGUUACUGGACGGCUUUGGGUGACUUUCUUGUGAAGCUUAGGUUUUAUUCUACCUCACGUGUAUAAAGAAAUUGAUGAAGAGAAAGAAAUCAACUUUUACUUGUAGAGAUUAAAUGGCCAUUGUGGUUGAUGAUGUAUAGAUGGAGAGAACACUUCUCAGACGAGCUUUACAGAUACACCAAUUGUUUGCUGGGGAUUGAUACUAGAUUGUGCGAUGCUGAACCUCAAACUCUCUCACAAUCCACUCAUACAAUAUAGGCCAAUACGAACCUCUGAUUUAGAAGUACUUGAAAAAAUUCAUGGGGAUCUGUUCCCAAUCAGAUAUGAGUCUGAGUUCUUCCAAAAUGUUGUUAAUGGACGAGACAUUGUGUCAUGGGGAGCUGUUGAUCGUAAUCGACCCAAUGAGCAGAGCGACGAACUUAUUGGAUUUGUGACUGCCAGGACUGUUCUAGCAAAAGACAGUGACAUAGAAGAAUUUCUGAGGUAUGACUCAUCUAGAUCAGAGCAAACACUUAUUUACAUCUUGACUCUGGGGGUUGCAGACUCUUAUAGAAAUCUUGGAAUAGCCAGUUCUCUCAUUCGCGAAGUCAUAAAAUAUGCCUCUAACAUCCCAACUUGUCGAGCAGUUUACCUACAUGUGAUCUCAUAUAAUAACCCUGCCAUAUACUUGUACAAGAAAAUGUCAUUUCAAUGUGUGAGGAGGCUGUCUGCCUUUUAUUUUAUUAAUGAUCAGCAUUACGAUGCGUACUUGUUCAUCUACUAUGUGAAUGGUGGUCGCUCUCCUUGCUCACCCUUAGAGCUCAUUAAGCUUAUAGUUACUGGAGCAAAGAGUGGAUACAGGAUGGUAGCUGCCAAGCUUUGGAGGAAAGAAGACAGAAAGCCUUCCAAGUGGUCCAAAUGCAAGGAGUCUGGCUCCCUUCUUCCAACAAAACAUAACAAGAGGAUGCCAACCGAGGGUGCUCUGUCUCAAUUCGUUUAAUCCUCUACUAGCUUCUGCAUUUUAGUUGACAUUGGAAAUGGAUACAAACGUUUGGAAAGAAAUGUUAUUUAAUCUUCUAUCGCGUCGUUUUAACAGUGUGUUUUACUUGUACCUAGAAGAACAAACCAUUUCUGAUGUUCUUCAUCUUCUGUGCUUGUGAUUUACUUGUUGAUUUGUAAAUUCUUUUGAAAAGUCACCCAAAAAAUUUAAUAAUAUGUGUCGAGAAUUGAGAUGAAUUGACGGGA